CGAAAUAAAUGUAGAUAGAAGUAUACAUCUUCAAGCGUGGUGUCCGAUUAUCUAACUGGUCAGCGUCCUCAAGUGUCUUGUCCACCUAGUGUCCUGUCCACUGUGAUCAGUCAGUUGUACGCGCUUUCAUGCUCUAGCGGACACUUACAGGCAUCUUUGAAGCUAAGAGGAAGAGACCAUCUGCCGUCUUAGUGACCAGGGACUCACUUAGCUAGUAGGAUAAUACUACUUGUCUAAUAAGUGUCCUACACAGUGCCGCUUAUGUUGAAAGGGACCACAGAUACGCCGCUGAAAAGCAUUUAACGUAAUCUAAUUUGAAGAGAAAAAAAAAAAACACAAGUGUUUCAGUGCUUCUAGGUCCUUGUGGGGUAGUGUGAUAUCAACGGCACUUAUUCAUUUAGUGGAUACUUUCUUUCGAAACAAGUCAUAUCAGUUUAGGGACGAAGUUUUGUUCCGGAAGUUAAUUUACUCCGAAAUUCGUUAUUUCAUAAAUUGUUUUGACCAAAAGAAGAAGAUUAAAACGGAGUGUAGUAUGUUGUGAAACUGUGUGUUUCUUCUAGCCACUGGACUUGAGACCUGCAUCAUGUAUCUGGACGUACAUACUAGGGGUUGGCAUGACGCAGCGGCACUUGGUCAGGAGGCUUCCAUCACGUCUCCCAGACCACCUACACAUUGGAAGACAUCCAGCCUUGAUGUUGGGGGGAUGUGUCCCAGAAUGUCAGCGUACCCUGAUGACCAUGGCUAUCCUUUCCCAUCACAUUUAAGUCCAGCUUUUACAGAUGAUCUCCACUCACAGGUCCGGUUUACAGAUCCCUAUAAAUUGUUUACACAGUUAACCAACAGACUCACCACAACAGGUUCAGGGCAGAUCCAGUUGUGGCAGUUCCUGCUGGAACUUCUCUCUGACGUUAGGAACUCAGCUUGCAUCACCUGGGAGGGCAACAACGGCGAGUUCAAGCUGGUGGAUCCAGACGAGGUGGCCAGAAGGUGGGGCGAGAGGAAGUCCAAGCCCAACAUGAACUACGACAAGCUGAGCCGGGCCUUGCGCUACUAUUACGACAAGAACAUUAUGACCAAAGUUCACGGCAAGAGAUACGCCUACAAGUUCGACUUUGCUGGUCUAGCACAAGCGCUUCAGCCAUCGGCGCCCCCGGCAGAAGCUUACCCGCACCCUUAUAUGCAUUCUGAUUGGUUUAUGCACCACGGGUACCAGACACCGCCUCCACCCGUCAACUUCACCUCCAGCCCGUACCACCACCAGCCCGUGCCUCAGGUUCCUCACGGAUUCCUGUCACCGAGCUCCAACCCAGGAAGCUACUAUCACCACCACUGCCAUCAUCACCACUGGUCCGCGGGGUCCGGAGGCCUUGGGGUACACCACCCUUCUCACCCAGCGCCGGCUGCACUCCCGCACCACGCCUCGGCUCAGUCGACGACGAACUUAACGGGGGCGCCCCACAGCGCCGCCAUCCCGUACCACAAGUACCAGCAUCCUCACCAGCAUCCUCACCAGCAUCCUCACCAGCAUCCUCACCAGCAUCCUCACCAGCAGUCGAAUUUUCGACAUCACCAGAAUCAGCUUGUCAUGCCAGGGGAGGCAAAUCAUUUAACUCCCACCUACAUGAACUCUUGUUAUUAA